CGUGGUUGCAUGUGACGAGCAGAAGGAGUGGAUCCUAACGGUCAGAGCCAGGGUCUGGGAGUCUGGACUCUAACUUUAGUCCAGACUGAUUUCCUUUGUGGCCCAACAAAAAACGCAAACAAUGGCCCCCAGGAACAGAGGGAAAGGAAAGAAAGGAGGGAAACAGAAGAAAAAGAAGAAUGUGGCAGAAAAUGAAGUGGAGGAGAAAUACAGGAAAGCAGCCCUGGAGGUGGACAUCCUGAAAGAGCACCUGGCCCUCCGGAGGGACGUGGCCAGGCAGGCGAAGGCUGACAGCGAAGGACUCAAGCAGAGGCUGCUGGAGCUGGAGCGGGAGCUGGAGAUGUCGCGGGAGGACAAGAAAGACAUUUACGAAGAGAUGAUCCGACAGUACCAGGAGCUCCAGCGGCAGACAGAGACCCGCAUACAGCAACUGGAGACCGAGACAAAGCAGCUCCAGGAGCAGCUCGCAACUUGCCGUGAGGAUAUCCAGCAGGCCCAGGCGGAGAGAGAGCAGGUGCUGGGGGAGAAGGACCGGACCAUCGCCGAGCUGCAGGGCAAAAUCAAUGCCAUGGAGACAGAGUAUGAAAAGAUCUUGCAUGGCAGCCUGGACCGAGUCCUUUCCAAGCUGGCAGCCGCCCAGGGCUGCUGGAAGAAGGAAGCCACAACCUUGCACAUGGAGCAGAAGGAGAGACUGCGAGAGUUUGGGCUCAAUCCCCUGGAGAUCUAGGGCCCUGGUUUAGACUGGGGCAAGGGGCCAUGUAGAUGCCCCAUCAUGGCCAACCACUAACCCCUCAGCAGUGGCAGCAGGGAUGUUUUGCUUGACAGGGCCAACAGGUAUUCUCCUAACUGGGGGAGGAGGGGGCAAAGGGGGACUUAGCGCUAGGGGAAGGAGCUGAAUCAACAGCCGUGGAGACUGGUGUCCUCUGACCCCAGUGCAGCUCUCUCGACAGCAGGCCCAGCUCAGCUUGGCCUGGGUCCCCGCAGCUAGCAGGGAGAGAACAAUUCAAUCUCCAGGCCCCCUUUGGUCCUUGGCUUCUCUGCUGAGACCAGCCCUUCCCGCUCCCCCCAACCUCCUGCCCCUUCCCCGAGAGUCCCAUCAGGUUCACUGCUUCUCAGAUCAGCUUAGGUAAUUUUUUAAAAGUUAUUUUAAUUGUGUAAAAUGAGAAGAAAAGGAGGAAGUGGGAGCCAGCUCCGGUGCAGCAGGGGGAUGGACGGCAGCUGCUGGGCUGGGGCUUGCAGAAGGAAAGGGCGGGGGGGAGGGGGGGAGGGAAGGCUAUGCACAGCACAACACAACACAAGGAGCCAGACCCUCAACGAGCAGCACAGCUAAUUGGGAACUUACAGAAUGGAGGUCAGACCCCACGCCAAGGGAGUAACUGGUUGGGGCCCUGCCCCCUGCAUGCCAUGCAACUGCUGACCCCGCCCUCUGCUCCCCCAACCACCAGCAUACACAGUGCCCCUGAGAAGCGGUCUGUGGUCUCCCAGCAAUGGAGGGCAUGGGUAGCCCAGUCCCCUGCAGAUGGAGGGGUUGGCCUGGAUUCUCCCCCAUUGCCAAGGCGCUGGGAUCAACAAGCAUCUAAAGCCCACGUCAGAGAGGUACCUGGGUGGAAUUCAAAUCUCUGACCCGCCAAAGGGUCCUCUCCAGCCCAGCGCAGCCCGGGGAGGGGAGGGGAGACGAGGAGGCUGCUGGCAGAUGUACAGAGUUAGAAAAAAGAUAACUGCACAGCCAGGCAGAAUCAUCUCCCGGCCCCAGCGAAAGGAAUGCCUGCAAUAACCCACUGCCUCUGGUUAAACGUGGCCAAAUGCUCCCACAUCUUCUCCCAGGAGACUUUCCACCAGCCCCUCUCCCCUUCCCCCCCAAGUCCCUAGAGCCAGCCCCACAAUGCAACUGACUCCACUUUCUUUACACCAGCAAAAGGUUUGGGCCCCCAGCGCAUAACUUGCUGCCAUUCCUCCCCCAGAUAACUCUUCACUCUUAACAGACAGCCAGGCCCCUUGCACCCCUUGAGCCACAACCUCUCAGCAGGCAGGUAGGGUUUCACUGCCCCUAACUUCAGUGUCUCUCCAAACUAUGCAGCUGGGGAGGUUAACUUGUAAAAGCCACAAUUAGGACCUAAUGCAGCAGCUCUACUGUCUCCAAACCUCCAUGCUUUGUUGCAGCUCCUUGGUAGAGCCAAUGCUAGCAGCAAAAGGGGUGAAGAGACACCAUUGUCCUUCACUUACGCAUGGUGCCACCGUGUCUGUUAAUAAAAAGUUGCUGUGAUGCCUCA